UUGAAGUUCUGCCGGCAGUGGCACUGUUGCAACUUAAAAAGUUGUGCAACACCUUUGGUAAACACUUCCUCACGCAGGAACAAGAAUAAAGCCGAAAGACUCCUUCUUCACCUCUCACAAUCGAAGCGAAGACCGGCUCAAGUUGGCACUAACAUUCUCAGACCAGAGGGCUACGCUGCUGUUUCCCUCUCCCCAAAAUGAUUAAAGCCCUCUUUGUUACUACCUGCUUGCUUCUCCUUCAGCAUCAAGGAAGCUCAAUGAAGAAACUACCCGGGGUAAAGGUCUAUGAAGUAGUAUAUCCACAAAAAAUCCAUACAUUGCAGAAAAGAGAUGUAGAAGGAAGCCAGAACUCUCACCAAAAGGUCAAGUAUGAAGAUGCUGUACAGUAUGAGAUUAAAGUGAACGGAACAAAAGUGGUCCUUCACCUAGAAAAAAAUAAGGAUCUUUUUUCCAAAGACUACACUGAGACUCAUUACUCCCACAACGGCACAGAAAUCACAACCAGCCCUCAAACUGAGGAUCACUGCUAUUAUGAAGGUCACAUCCCAAAUGAUAGUGGCUCAACUGUGAGCAUCAGCUUGUGCCAUGGCUUAAGAGGAUAUUUCAAGAGCCGCGGCAAGAGGUAUCUAAUUGAGCCCUUAGACAGUGAAGCACAUGCAGUCUACAAAUAUGAAAGUCUCAAAAAUGAUGAGACCCCCAAGAUCUGUGGGGUCACCAAGACUACGUGGGAAUCAGAAGACCCCCUCAAAAAGACCUCCAGGAUGAGUACCAGUGCGGAGAAACAAGCAUAUUUGCAGGCCAGAAAGUAUGUUGAACUUUACAUAGCUGUGGACAACACAGUGUUUAGGAAAUAUAGCCGCAAUAUUACUGGUGUAAGGACAAGAGUAUUUGAAAUAGUCAAUUAUAUAAACAUGGUUUACAAAGCCUUAAACAUUCAUGUAGCAUUGAUUGGCUUAGAAAUCUGGUCUGAUGGGGACAAGAUUGUUGUGGAUGUUUCUGCUGGAACCACUUUAGACCGAUUUUCAGAGUGGAGGAAGUCAGUUCUGCUGAAGCGGAAGAGGAAUGACAAUGCCCAGUUACUCACGGGGAUUGACUUCGAUGGACCAACAGUAGGGCUGGCCUAUGUGGGAACCAUGUGCAGUGAUGCCCACUCCUCAGGGGUUGUUCAGGAUCACAACACAAACCCAAUUGCGAUUGGUGCCACUAUGGCCCAUGAAAUGGGCCAUAACUUUGGCAUGAAUCAUGACAGCAGUUUCUGUACGUGCAGUUCAGGCUCUUGUAUUAUGGCAGCACAGCUCAGCUACCAAACUCCCCGGGAUUUCAGCUCCUGUAGCCUCCAGGAUUUUCAGAAAUACAUUAUGGAUCGGACACCAGCAUGUAUAACCAACAUGCCAUUGCCAAAAGACAUCAUUGCAACACCAGUUUGUGGAAAUGACUUUGUGGAGGAGGGAGAGGAAUGUGACUGUGGCUCUCCUGAGGAAUGUUCAAACAGCUGCUGUGAUGCUGCUACAUGUAAACUGAAACCAGGUGCUAAGUGUGGAUAUGGGGAGUGUUGUGAAAAUUGCCAGAUCAGAAGAGCAGGAGCAGUAUGCCGGGCAGCUAAGCAUGACUGUGAUCUGCCAGAAUUGUGCACAGGCCUCUCUCAUCAAUGUCCAGCUGAUCGCUUCCGUGUGAAUGGAUACCCCUGCAGAAACAACCAAGGUUACUGCUACAUAGGGCAGUGUCCUAUCUUGCAGAACCAAUGCACUGCUCUUUGGGGAGCAGGGGCCACAGUAGCUGCAGAUUCUUGUUACAAUAUAAACCAGAAUGGGGUGUAUUAUGGACACUGCAAGAAAGCAAAUGGCACAUAUAUACCGUGUGGAAAAAAAGAUCUAAAGUGUGGCAAAUUAUACUGCACUGGUGGUUCCCGAAUGCCUUCGACUGGAAGCCUCGUAUCGUUUGAUUCCUGUAAAGGCAGUUUCCCCAGCAAAGGCGAAGAAGAUAAUGGAAUGGUUGCCCCUGGGACCAAAUGUGGAGAAGGCAUGGUCUGCAGCAUGGGACAAUGCAUGGAGAUUGAGAGAGCCUACAGAUCCACCAACUGUUCUGCCCAGUGCCAAGGACAUGCGGUCUGUGACCAUGAAUUGCAAUGCCAAUGUGAAGAAGGAUGGGCACCGCCAAACUGUGACGACCCCACAGCAAACAGAUAUAUCAUCAUCAUUGUUGCUGUGUUGGUGAUCCUUGCUUUCAAAGGAGUCAUCGGUUUUGUCUUGUACCGUUACCAUGUUAUGAAGAAGAAACAAAGCCAAAGCAUCCAGAAGAACAUGAAUGGAUCUGCAAACGCUGGCUUCUCAGGACCAGAGCAAAAGAGAAGACAACAUAUGAGCCCUGUACCUGUUCCUCCAGAGGUCAACCCGGCAAGUUUACUGAUUCCACCACCUCCACCACAAGCAAACAAACCACCACUUUGUGUUGUAAGUAGAAAGAGCAUUGAAUCUUUAUCACUUACAACAUGGACCAUAACAAAUAUGGCUAAUAUAAUAAAACAGAAUAAACAAAAUGAAAUAUAAAAGUGAUGUGCAACCUCUCUGUCUGCCAACCCAGUAUAUUUUCACUA